AGAGGAAGGGAAAAAAAGAAAGCUUUUUUCGUUUUUCAUUCUUCUUUAUUUGCCGUUUAUAUGCCUUAAUUUCCAUGAAAGUGGAGGUUUCAAUCCGAGCUCUGAAAGCUCUUGUAACAUAUAGCACUAAACAGUUUGUCUCUUCCAAUUAAACUGUGAGAAAAAAAUUUAUCAAUUGGGUUGUGUUUGGGCUUCUGUAUCUCAUGUGGGCAUGUCAGCUAAAGCAAGGUCUAGAGAGAGAAAGAGAAGGAGAGGGAGAGAGAGAGAGAAAGAGAUGCUUUUUUCCUUUCUCAGUGUAGAGUAAUCUUUCAAAAACCAGCCUUUCCAGCAAUACCCAGUUGCUAUUUAGCCCUCUUUUUGCUUCAACUUCAAUAGAUUACACCAGCUGUCGCCAUCUUGAGAUGUGCUCUCUCAUGCUCUGCCUCAACCUGGAUUAAUGGGUUUUCUGCAGUAAUGCAUCAAGACCCAGCAUACCAGAUCAAAUCAAGGCUGGGUAAUCAGAUUUUGAAGCAUUUUUGAGAUAGAUUCUUCGCCUUUGUCCCUGAUCAGUUGAGGCCACCAUUUGUUUGUUAAAAAUCCCGAGAGAAAGUUUGGAAAAGUUAAUUGAGGUUCUUGGGUUGAAAAUGAGAGAUUUCCCAUCUUGUUUUGGUGAAAAUGGGGUUCAAGUUGCUGAUUCUUCUUCAUCAAAUACUAGUAGGACUGCCCAGAAUUUGGUUACUUGUGUCUAUCAAUGCCGGUUACGAGGCAGGUCUUGCUUGAUUACUGUAACUUGGAGUAAGAAUUUGAUGGGUCAAGGGCUUAGUGUUGGGAUAGAUGAUUCGUCAAAUCAGUCUCUUUGCAAGGUUGAUAUUAAGCCCUGGUUGUUCUCGAAGAGAAGAGGGUUCAAGAGUUUGGAAGCUUAUUCUAGUAAAAUUGACAUAUAUUGGGACCUUUCUUCGGCGAAAUUCGGAUCCGGGCCUGAACCUUUAGGGGGAUAUUAUGUGGGAGUUGUGGUGGACCGGCAAAUGCUUCUCCUUCUUGGAGAUAUGAGAAAAGAAGCUUUCAAAAAGACUAGUGCCAGCCCUGUGCCUUCUAAUGCUGUUUGUGUUGCCAAGAGAGAGCACGUUUUUGGUAAAAGGGGCUUCACCACAAAGGCUCAAUUUUCCAAUAAUGGUCAAGUGCAUGAUCUUGUCAUUGAAUGUGAUACUCUUGGGGUCAAUGACCCGUGCCUCCUGGUCCGCGUAGACAGCAAGCCUGUGAUGCAGGUGAAGAGACUUCGGUGGAAGUUCCGGGGGAAUCAUACCAUCUUGGUUGAUGGGCUUGCAGUUGAAGUUUUCUGGGAUGUUCACAACUGGCUCUUUGGUACAUCACCCGGAAAUGCUGUUUUUAUGUUCAAGACAUGCCUCUCAGCUGAGAAGUUGUGGGCUAGCCAACCGCUCUCUGAUCCAAGUGCAUUGCAGUGGUCAUUUUCACAGAGAUUUUCAGAUAGUAAGUCGCAGGGUCUAGGAUUCUCACUGAUUCUGUACGCUUGGAAGAAUGAAUAGAGGAAGUCGGAAGUUCUUCAUUGAUUGCUAACAGAAAACCUCUAGUGAGUGAUGAUUUUAUCAGCUAUGUGAUUGAAUUACCACAAAAAAAAUGAUUAUAUAUGAUCAUUUGUUAUAUAAUCAUUUGUUUUUUCUUAACCUUUUUCUUUUGUUUCUCCUUAUGAGGAGCUUGAGCAAUCCAAAUAGAUCAGAGACAGUUUUGUUUUUACUGGUUGUAUAUCCUUCAUACCGUGUUAAUUUCAUUCUUAUUUUUGUCCUUCUGAGAAUUCUAUGUCAUAAUCAUUGAUGUGCAAAUUUCUUAUUUGAUCGAAAUUCAUGUGCUUGUCCUGGCAA